CUGUUUUCAUAUUUUAGCUCACAUUCAUAUUUAGAUUAUGUGGACGGUGACGAUUGGUGUACUCAUCUCAGCAUUGUUCUGCGCUUCGCACUCCGAAAACCGAAGAAACCAAAGACUACGAAAAAAGUGCACCCUGACAAUGCUGUGGUCUACUCCUUUGAUAAGACCGUGAGCAAUAGAAAGACAUCAGAAGGCGGAAUGAAGGCACAUGUAGUCAUUUAUAUUCCAAUGGUUGAGAAGCUGGUAAAAUUCUUCGCGUUCUUCGUCAGUGGCGGUGGAGGUGGGUGCAUAUCCAUUGAUAAUGGAUAUGGCUCCUUGAUCUUUGGUCAGCAAGCGUAG